GCUGCAGAUACAUCCUUCUUCCCACCUGUGUACUCGCAUAUUCAAACAAACGCCUUACUCGACCUCUCAACAUCCACCUCGAGUCUAUCCGCGCAUUUGACUGCAUUUGACACGCAGUGUCUUGUCACGGUUUCACAGUACAACCUAUACCGCCUGAACCGACUUCAGAGUCAAACUUUCAUCGAUACUGCAAACAAUCUCGAAGCGCGACCCUCUGCCUCAGGGUAUCGCAGGCAGACCUAGCCUUGCCACUAUAUCUGUUGCUUCCCCUCUCUCGACCAUUCGCUACGAUGUCUUCAAUUGCACUGGAUACGCCGCUCGCGGAGGCGCUGAGCAGUGCUGUGCACUCGAAGAUCGUCGAAGAAGGCUGGACGCAGGACGAUGAUACCUCUUUAGCAGAGUACAUCGUUCUCAUGCUUGCGAAUGGCAAAACUCAGGACCAGAUCGCUUCAGAGCUCGCAGGCGAAUUAUUACAAGACGCGAAGGGUACGACGGAAUUUGCGCAGUGGCUAUUUGACCAGGUCAACAUCCUAUCCUCCGGCGCCACCGGCCCUGCACCUGCAGAGACAUCGCAAUCAUCACAACAGAUACAUCAGACAGUCGCGCCGGAUGCUGCCGCUUCAACAUUCGCGGACAAUGAAGAUUCCGCAAUCCCUGCCGCAUAUGACCAGGAUAUGGCAGAUAACGCGCCCGAAAAUGCGCCUCGCGGACCUAAAGGUCUCCAUGGCGGACGAUCUGCUGGCCGAGGUGGCCGCGGUGGAGCGAACAAGGGUGGUGAUUCAGUCCUACAUCGAACUCGAGGCAAUGAUCGGAUAAACACGCAUAGCAACAACAUGCGCGGAGCACCGAAAGGGCCACGCUCGAACCGUGAUGUCCGUCCUGGCAUGCAGAAAGCUCUCAAUGGAAUGGGGAUGUCUGGGCCUGCUCAGGGAAUGCAAAAUCCAAUGAUGAUGAAUGGUACACAACAGGGUCAAAACAUGAUGCAGAUGACUCCUCAGCAGCAAAUGGAGUUCAUGGCGAUGAUGGAACAGCAGACACGCAUGCUUGCGCAAUUCACCGGCAUGAUGCCGGGCCCUGCGAACGCUUUCGGACCAGGUAUGAAUCAACAAGGCAGUCAGGGUCGAUCGUUGUUUGAUAGAGUCGAGCCCGGACGUGGCCGUGGUGGAGCUCGAGGACGAGGACGAGGUGGCCACAACCAGAAUGGCCAUAUCAAGACUGCCGGCAAAGUCGGCGAUGGCGACACCGCGAUGGACGGCGAUGGACAAGCUACGCCAGCUCAGUCAACAUCAACAGACGCCGAGCAGCAGGUCGAGGGAGAGCGAAAGCCACAAGAUCCAUCAAACACAAUGUGCCACUUCAACCUCCGCUGCACGAACAAAGACUGCAUAUAUGUUCACCAGGGACCGGCUGCCCCAGAAGGCACUAUCGUUGACAUGUCCGACACAUGUACUUUUGGUGCGGCCUGCAAGAACUUCAAGUGUGUUGGAAAGCAUCCGUCACCUGCCCAAAUCAGAGCACACCAGGCUCAAGAAGUUUGCAAAUUCUUCCCCAACUGCACCAAAGCCAAUUGUGCUUUCAAGCACCCGACAGCUCCCCUAUGUCGAUUCGGCUCCAACUGCAAAACUCCGAAUUGCACCUUUACGCAUUUAGAAAUACCCUGCCGAUUCAAUCCUUGUACGAACCUGCGAUGUCCGUAUAAGCACGAGCCUGGGCAGCAGAAGGCUACUAGUCUGGCGGAUUAUACUUGGACACCGGACAAACAAAAUCAACAGGAUGAUACAGAACACGUCAGCGACAGGAAAUUCGUGGACGAGCAAGCGGGAGAAGAGGAACUCAUCAAGCCGGAAGAGGCCAAUGGCCAUGCAGGAAUAAAGGAAGAGAUCAUUACCUAAUGGCAAUGUCUACGUGGAUCGAAGGGUGGAAGUCGAGGUACUACUGAUGCAGAAUUCAUCAGCGAAGCUGUACAAUAUGAUUCCCAGGCAUCUGGGUGAGCCAUGGCCAAGGCCAUGAAUGCGGCUCUUAUGUGUAGGGGAUGCCAUUGAUAUCCCACAAGCCAAGAGGCUUUGAAUCAAAACAGGUGUUCCGGGAACAAUGAAUCUAUUUGGAUGUUGGUGCUUUUUAC